CCUCAAUUCUACGAAUAUAAAAUUUUAAUGAGGUGAUGUGACCACCAAAACAUCAGUCCAAGUUCACUCUUAACGGCAAAAAACUAUCAUGACGCUGAUCCUGCCUUGUGAGACUUCGUGAGAGUUCAAAUGAUGCAGCAAUUCUGUACAAGAAUCAAGAUGACGCACUUCAUAAACGUGCAUCACGGCCGCUAGCCCCUCUUGCCAUCGCGCAACAUCAUACACGAACUCGUACGCCCGAACGUGCGAUGCAAGAAUCAGCAGAGCUGCCCGCUUGUCCGACGAUCAGGUCAUGGAGAACAGGACAUUGAGAGGACCCAACAUUUCCACCACCAUUCCUCCGGCUUCUAUGGAUCCUCCCUCUUCCUCCUCUUCCUCAUCCUCCUCCUCUUCCUCGACUUCCACGUCUACAGCUGCUCCUCUGGACAACUCCCCCCACAUCGCAAACACGGCCAUCUUCUUCAGCUUGUCGCUGUCACUCUUCGCCGUCGUUGGCGUGGUGCUCUUCGUCAGGCGCUGCGUCAGAUGGCCUGCAGCAGGGGCUGAGUUGCAGACCGAAUCAGGCACAGGGGUUUUAAGAAGGAACGAAUUCAACUCAACCGACGACUGUUCGGCACUUCCUGCCGAUUCAUCUUACGAUCCAGCAAAUUUCUACAACUCCCCGUACAGUAUCAUCCCCUACGACUAUGCUGAUAUCGACGACUACAAGUUCAUCCAAACUCCAACAAGUCCCACUCCAAGUUCAACUCCCGGAGUGAUCGCUCGCAAGUCUGGACGGUUCAAUCCGCACCUUGCUCAUCUCGCUGGCUUCAAAUUCAGGAAAGAAAGCUGUGGGAGUUGUCAUAGUAAAAGCAAGCAGAGUCGAGAGAACUUGCACAAAGAUGUGCGAUACUUUUGCAAAAACUGCCGAAUGCUUCACCGAUAUGAGGACGCUAUCGGGAGAAGCUGCAACAGUCUGGCACCUGAUGCGUCAGGUAGCAUAAGCAGUUGCCUCGAUAAGAAGGCGUUUUAUUACACGCCAACGCACAUCCACUUAGCUAUCAUUUCUUCAAAAGGAAAGAAAAUACAUGAUGCAGAAAAAUACAAAUCCCUGAGUGAAUUCCGUGGUGGGGUUCUGCAUGAUUCUAAGUCUGAGUCCAAUUUGGCAAAAUCGCUACAUUCAUCUAACGCGGUAUUGACAGGUGGUGGCCCCGAUAUCUUUUCGCCUAACCCUCGUCGGAAAAUAUCCGACAUAUGUACACAUUCAAUGGACGCCGAGAGAGAAUUUGAAAGACCACAUAAAUCUCGGUCGUCGGUAAGCACAAUAUUCUCACCCAAUUUAGAUCAAAGGAUGAACUGCGACGGUUACAUAUCUCAGCCAUCGUGCAGUUAUGACAUGCAGUACUCCUCACAAUUUGAUCUGCAGAGUCAGUCAUAUAUCGAAUACCCCUCAAUGAGCUGCUUACAAACCUGUCGAGAAGAAAGGAGCGAGAUAGAAAAACGGCUACUGCCGCUUCGAAGUGAUUCUCAAUUUGAUCUUGCACGUGCAGAUUGCCAGUCAGCUAAGAUGCGCUUGCCUUCCAAUUCGCGUAGGCAGGCAGUAGCUGGUAAAGACUUGUGCUACAAUACCAACAACUCCCAAUAUCAUCAGCGUUUCACGGAUCGAAGCUCCCAACAACCACUUUCCCCUAGAUUAAUUGAAGGCAUUAGCCAGAGCUCUGCAUUAGAUUCUGUCAGUCUUCGUUCCCAUACGUUUUCAUAUGAUAUCCCGAUGGAAGAUGAUUGUUCAUACUCGAACUCACUUGCUUCGUCAAUCAGUUCUCUACAUCGCUCUCCCUCUCAUAGUUUGACGCGUCCACCUUCCUCUCGGUGUCCAAGCCUUUACCGUUUAGCAGACCAACAAUACGGCCAGAGUCCUCAAGGUUCUUCAGCGGGCUCAAUGCAUCGCAGGCAUUUGGUUCAACACAUCCGCACACGGUCAACUGAUCUUGCGGAUGUGACUCCAAGCUCAUCGCGACCUGAUAUGAGAUCCAUUGGAAAAAAUCAGGACUGGUAUAGCAUGACUUCGAUGAAUACAACAACCGACGACGAAUAUUGUUACGACGAUGAGCAAGACGAAGAAGAUGAUGAAGAUGAAGAACAAAUUACCGUUGCAGAAGCCAACAAGAAAAUGUCCGAUUCUCGGCCUUUCGAGUCACAAGUCCAAGAUAUGAAUACUGCUGAGCCUAAAGUGCCUGCUAAAGGCAGUAAAAAUAAGUGUGAAUUUGAACUAGAAUAUCCCUAACGCCCUUUUAGCCGGCAGACACUUGUUUGUAUGUACCAAGAUUAGUCCCCGAGAAAUUUUAUUUUCACAAUGGAAGAUACUCUGUGAUAAAAAAAGUUAAUGACACAAAGUAUUUAGCGAGACAAGGUAUAAACGUGUCGAGCUAAGUUCAUAAAGUACCAUCAGUGAUGGAAUAUAAUAAUUAUUGGACAAUUAAUUAUGUGCACAAUGACAAAAGGGAUGAACAAAUUACGCGAAGACGAUUGAUUGUGGGCCCGGGCUAAAUGCACUUUAAUUUGUUGAGACAAUAAGGAACCUUAACUUUGUAUUUAAAUAUAUAAGUGUUUUCUGUAACUUCUUUCUUAUGAGGGAUAAAUGUAAGUUUUCCUUGAUAAAUUUUUACUAUCAAUACUUUUAAUGGCUAUCACGAAUACAUGAACUCAUGUCUUUUUGCGUAACCCAUUUCAUUUUACAAGUAAAAUUUUAAAUUGUAAGCCACAUGUGCAGACAACUCCUUAGUGUACCCUUGUAUUUAUUGCUUAUUUGUGAAUUGCACCUGAAGUUAACAGUUAUUUGCAAUCUGUAACGUAGAUGCAGUGGGAGACAAACCAUUUGUUUCUUUUCAUUUUGUGCUUAGCGACAAAUUUCUUCUUAUAUUGUCCAACGUUUUACUGUGACUAUUUAUUCUAUCUGUCUGCUUUCAUUGCGCUGCAGCAAUUUAUGCAUUGGAAUCAAUCGCCUGAAUAGGUAUUAUUCGCUUUCUUUUCCAUAAACCAUUUUUCAACUUCAUCGUUAUUGUUUGUGAUGGUAAUUAUUUAUUCUCUAUUAAUUAUAAUGUUUCAUUCGUGAUUUAAGAUAUUCAGACCCGAAAAUUUCUAUUUUUAAUCGGUUGAGCGCCUUAAUGCGUUAUUAAUUAUACAAUUUGUAUAUACUCGUUCAUAAACAUGAGGACAUAGGUAACAGCUCAACCAUUUUUCAUGAAUCAUUUAUCUACUAGAAAUUUGUGCAUGACCCAAUUUUCAUUAGACCUCUAGCACAGAUUGCCAAAUUAAUUUAUCCCGAGAUGUAAAAAAUGCCUUAACGUGCAUUUAUUUAGUCAUAUAUCUCUUAACCUAUCAUGUAUAUUUACACAAUCCAUUGUCGAGUUAAAAAUAUAUUCACGUACCUAUGAAAAUUUUCUGCUGACAUUGAAUUUUUAAAUCACAAAAUAACAAUUGUUUA